AGUAACAUAAGUUACGGUUUCAUUACACGUUUACUCAAUGUAUACCCGCCAGAAACCGCUGUGAUGUAGUGUAUAUACCGUGUAGGUGUUACCUCGCUCAUGAUGUUCCCUCUCAGGGUAGCUGCAACCACAGGUGGAGCCGCCGUCCAGGGCGCUGUAGCAAUCGUUGCGGCGGUGUGUGUUGUCGUUCUACUCAUGUACUGCAUGUGGUUCAGAGGAUUAAAACUGCCGCGGCUGGUGCCGAAACGACGCACACUCUACAGGAAUCCCGUUGCUAGGUAUCACAGCGAAUACGGCGUGGAGCUCGACCUUGACGACGCCGACGCCUACGCCUAUGCAAGCGUGGAAGACCCAGGCGAGAGUAACGGGCCAACAUCUGGCCAGAGAAGGACAGACAGAUAUGAUCACAUUGGUAACGCCCCGGGUGUGUAUGAUCAUACCUCCUCCUUAGGACGCCAAUCGAGCAACACGAUGAAUACCAGCCAAGACAAUACCAACUAUGGCUAUAACCACCUGAACCACAAACCUAAGCCUAAAGUCCUCAACCAUCGAUAUGAGGUUGUCGUUCCCAAAAGUCAAGAAGCUGUGUUGCCAUCUACAACGACAGCAAGUUCUACGUACAACAUUCUUGGUUCAGCACAGGUGCAACCACAAUUGAGGAAUGAAUAUGACGUUGCGAGGGUCUCGCAACAGAUUUAUUCCGUAGCCACGAUACAAAGACCUGGUCAUGCCACACAGCCAUCAGAAACUGACGUGAACUACGACAGUUCCGAUGAAGAAAAAGCCGAUUUUGAUACAGAUGAAAACUAUUAUUUUAACAAUGCCGGGAUCAGAUUAGAAUUUCAAGAGGAUAACCUAUCUCUUGGCGAUGAACUAAAUCAGGAUGACAAUCAUCUCGUGUAUGCAUUAGGUACCAUAAUGCCGCCACAGGAAAGUACGUCUCAGAUAUAUGACAUCCCGACGCUACCGUUGUCUCGCAUAGGAGAGACUGAGCACAAACAAAAGGCUGUUCCAUUUCAAAAAUGUUUCAGUAAUCCCGAAACUGUAAAGGAAACUGAAGAUGCUGAACAAGUGUAUUCUAUGGCUACUGCUGUUGGACCUGCAUAUGAAGCUGCUGACAUUGUCAUCCCCCGUCACAUCCGGGACAGAAAGGAGGCUAAAACUGUCAAAGAGAAACCGCAAAUAAAAAAGAAGCCAAUAUUGAAAACACCAGCCAGGUCUGUCCAGUCCUUGGCAACGUUCUAUGACACACAGUUAGAUGCUUGUUCGCUUGUGAGGAAACCCAGUAGUCCUGGUUCAGAUUUGCCCAUGUGCAAAGAGUGAGUAAGUUGCUUUUAACGCCGCUUUGAACAUUAUUUCAGUUCCUUGUCACACUGGAAUUAGUCAUAGGACUGUAGACACAUUAAUUAUGCAACCUUGCGAAUCCCAUUCUUAUGUGGGUCGUCUAGGACCUGCGCCACUUCGGGCUUUCCUCCCACAUCACGUUGACACGUGAUAUAACAGACAUAUUGUUCAAAGCUGUUUAAAGCUGCACUAAGCAAUAUUCCAGCCACAUGACGGAUGUCUGUACAUGUUCAAGUCUGGUCCUGACAAUGAUUGACAUCAUGAGCAUCGAUCUACGCAAUUCUUCACUCUUGUGUGUGCGGAAAGUAGCAUAGUGGUCGAAACGUUGCGACCAAUUUAGAUACGAGGGGCGUUCAAUAAGUUUUCCAACUUCAAUAUAUACCUAUUUAAUGUUGCGAAAAACAUCAAACGUUUCGGUGAUUUUUAACUGUCCAUCGGUCUAUCCCCUUACAUAUACCGCAAGACCAAUAUCGAAAACCCCAAACGGUGUGGGAUUUGCGGAAAGAGCAGACCCUGGGCAGUAAAUGUGCGAAGAACGUUUCCCGAAAGUUUCAGAUACAUAUUUGGAACCCUAUGGUAUUACCUCUGUGACUGCAUACAAGGAACUGGUAAUUUGCCUUUUUUCAAGGGAUUCAUCCGGGUACUUCUGAUACGACUCUAUUACCUAAGAUUGUUGUUGUAACCACCGGAUGUGCUAUGGAUAAGGUCACCGAGGCCAUAUACACGUAUACUAGCAUGUGUUUAAAGUUUAUUAAGUCUUUAAACAGUAAGUCUUUCAUCACAGUAACCUAGCUGCAAACUGUAGUAUCAGACGCCAUCUUGUUUUCAAGCGCACGGAUCAGUAUUCAUCACGUGACAAUAAUGAUCACGUGACGAGUCAAUAUUCGACGUCAGUGGCAGUCACGUGAUUUAUAGGUCCACAUUGAAAUGUUUUGGUUCGUCACCUUUGCAAGAUUGUUAAUAUAGGUAUAACCAUUGAAAUACAGUUCACCUUGAAAAAAAUAUAUACACAUA